UUGGAGAUCGUCGAAGACCGAUGUCAUGAAGUGGCACGAUUCGAUUGGACAUUUGAAGAGGUGUUCAUUGGUCAGAUCAGCAGCUCAAUUUAUGUACUGAUGGGUGACAACAAUAAUGAGGAGGAUGAGGGUAUCAUCUGGGAGUCAUCACAACCCAGUUCAUCGGCAGCCACGGAUGAAACUCGACGUAGAAGUGACGAUGACCCUUUGUCGUUAUCGUUACCAACGCAAAAAAUCGAACAAUUCCUGUGCACGUCUCCAACUCGAGUCAUACCCGCGAUGACUGCCUCGGAUAUCUCAAGAAAUGUGAACUCGCAAAAUUUGUUUUUCGACGAUGUAGAAAUUGAUCCGUCUCAAAAUCAAAUUAUACUAGAAGAUGAAGAGUUUCUGUUCAAUCUACCUCAAGAGGCUGCAACAUCAAGCGUUCAGCUAGCCGAUGCACUCUAUGAUCGUAUCACGACAGAUGAUCAGUUCAAUGAUAGCAAAGUCUAUGAUACAUUGACAAAUAUUAGCACACCACUGCGGCCGUAUUCCGCAGCAACAUCGUCGAGUGAAAAUAUUACAAUGAAGAGCAGUACCGAACCUAGUCCUGUAAUGAGCACAAAUCUGAAUUAUUCGUAUGAUUAUGCUGCAGGAGCGGUGCAAGGAAGAAACUUUAACUCAGCGCAAUCACUUAAACAGUUAAGGAAUCUUUUGAUAUCCUAA